AUGUCAAUCAAAGUCAAGAAUAUUCCCGUCGUUGAGCCAUACGGCAACCCUGCGCCCUUUGCGGAGCCGGCGUGGUACAAUACCCUGGCUUCUCCUUACUACGAUGAAAGCCAUCGGAGGGUGAGGGACUACGUGCGCAAGUACAUCGAGGAGCAUAUCGCGCCCAAUAUUCAAGAGUGGGAAGAGAAGGGACAUGUCCCCGAUGAAGCAAGAAUUCAUUUUGCCAAAUCAGGCUUGGCUUUCCCAGACUUGCCGCGUGAAUAUGCUGGCGAUGUUCCAUUACCGGGCAAUGUCCCAGCUGAGAAAUGGGAUAUCUUUCACUCGCUUGUUGUAAGCUACGAAGCUAGUAGAAUAUGGGCUGCCGGAGUGUCUGUGGGACUCAACGGCGGCACGACAAUCGGCGUACCUCCUGUCAUCCAUCAUGGCACAGAAGAGCAGAAGAAAUGGUGGCUUCCUGGGCUUGUUAACGGGAAAACAAGCUUUUGUCUCGGUUGUACUGAGCCUACUGGCGGCUCCGAUUUGGCGAAUUUGAAGACCACGGCAACCAAAUCAGAUGAUGGAACAUAUUACACCGUCAACGGCCACAAGAAGUGGAUCAGCGGUGCGAUACGUGCUAGCCACAUGACAACUGCUGUAAGGACCGGAGGCCCUGGUAUUAAGGGCAUCUCAGUCCUGGUCAUACCUCUUGAUCUUCCCGGCGUUUCUCGACGCAAGAUUAGUAAUAGUGGAUGGAACGCUGGAGACAGCACAUGGGUGACACUGGACAAUGUCAAAGUACCUGUCAAUCACCUCAUCGGGCAGGAGAACGCUGGGUUUCAGUACAUUAUGACCAACUUCAACAAGGAACGAUUCAUCCUUGCUGUACUCAUGAACGGCCAGGCCAGAAUUUGCCUGGAAGACGCCUGGGCAUAUGCCAUAGACCGCCACACAUUCGGCAAGCCACUCAUGUAUCAUCAGAUCAUUCGACAUAAGCUCAUCACAAUGGCGCGCUACAUCGAGUCGCACUGGGCCUGGCUCGAACAGAUUGCGUAUCAUGCUCACACUACCGGCUCCAUGGGCACAGAACUAGCAUCAAGGAUCGCCAUGGCCAAGAUUCACGGCGGACGUCUUCUAGAGCUCGCGAACCGGGAGGCACAGCAGAUAUUUGGUGGUGCUGGAUAUCAGCGUGGCGGCGUUGGGGCUCGCGUCGAACAGAUCAGCAGAGACCUUCGAGUGAACAUCGUCGGCGGCGGAAGUGAGGAGAUCAUCACGGACUUGGCUGUUCGGCAAGAGAUUGGCGCAGCUGAGAUCCUCGGAGAAACUUGGUCUGAGCUCAGAGACCUCCUGAUGAACUUCAUGGGUGGUAGCAGGCCCGGACAGGCGACCGCAGUUCCGUCCGCUGUGUCACCCGGGGACUCAUCCAAAUGCCAUGGCUGUGGUGUCUCCUCCGAAAACUUCCCCUCGCCGAUGAAGAAGUGUUCCGCGUGUCAAAAGGCGUGGUAUCAUUCCCAGGACUGCCAGCGCUCGCACUGGAAAAUGCACAAGCCGACCUGUGUCGCCCACCGCCCGGCUCCAGCCCCGUCCACGGCUGCGUCGCCGGGCAUGGGCCCCGCAUACAACUAUUACAACAAUGUGGCGCGAACAUCUGAGGAGGGGCAGGCGUUGUUGCGCUCGCUUAACAUCGAUCCUAUCUCGGUUCGCCCAGGAAUGGAAUUGCCACUGCGCCGUCUCGUCAUCGCUGGCAAAGACACGCCUGGAUACUUGCGAAUUCUCUUUGGGCCGACGUUUGCUAGCGAGAAGAAGGAAUUGGAGAGGGUUAGGCUGGAGGUCCUGAUUGACCCUCCUCGUGGCUCCCCAAUGUACGUGAAACAAGACCUUGAUGACGCCGGAACCAAGCCUCCCACUCGUGCGCUUCGACCGGCGAGCGAGGCGGAACUGGAGACGUUGAAGGAAGUGCGGGAGAUCCAGGAGAAAGUCAGACAGAAGGUUGGGGUUGGACGUUCGCCUGAUACAAGAGUCAUGCAAGAAGUCCUGAUGACUUUUGGGCCCGAUUGGUCAGAGAAGUUGCAGCUGUACAUGCUUGCAGUCAAUACUAUGGACCAAGGUGUCCGCCGCUGA